AUGAGGUGUCUGUACGCCAUCACUUUUGCCAGCGUCUUCUUGAGCUUAGUUCUGGGACGAGACACAAUCGACAAGCUUAGUUGCAUUCACGACCAAGCAGUGACGCAUCAAGUCGUCACCGCCAGCCACAAACCUUUACCGUUCCUGCCAGAUCGGCACAAGAGCGCGACACGAGUGCUGGGACAGCAGCCGAGCUUAUCGGAAGGCGACCGCAGCAUCAAGCCUUUUCAGGGAGAGUCACCUGGAUUGACCACGCAUGAAGUUCACCCUCCUCAUAGGGUUCGAAACCGACAGGUGACGAGCCCGCUUGGCGAUAAUGGCGAUGUGGCCACGACAACAGCUUACUGCAACCACCUGGAUAAAACAUCGACGUAUCUUGUCCGCCGCGCGGUGGUGCACAGCCAUCCGCACACCGUCCACCACUCAAUCGACAUUCCGCCUUCAAGUGAAAAUGCGCAGAAUGUCGGUGACAGAGCCAUGCGGCUGAAGAGGAGAGGCUGGAUCGAACAGGAUGCUGCGCUGGAGCAGGAAUUGGAAGCGAGCAAAGGUAGAUUAGAGGAAUUGGAAACCGAUUAUGUCACAACUCUUGCUGCCAUCCACUCGGGAAGAGCACCGCGUGAAAUGCACCUGUCGACCGACGAUAUCGUAAUUGCGGCAAACAAAGUCACUGGCGUGUACCUGAGGUACUUGGCAUUUCUGAGGAUGAAGCAAGAGCAGUUUCGAGCUAUAACGUUGAAUCCUUCGCAGCUCUCUGAAACCGUGCUGCAGGCUCAUGAUUCGCUUCUCAAAGUCAAUCAAACCACGUUAAAGGUCAAAGAGCAGAUGAGAAAUCACAUUCAAUUUUACUUGGGCGCACGAGGGCUUUUUGUUGGCGGAUUAUCGGCAAAGGAUUGGGUCGGUGUUUCAUGGGAAUCCAUCGACAGGAUGUUGGCCGAUGCGAUGAAUGAGCAAAUGCAGUCAGACGCGCUGAUUGCACACGCCAAAGGGGAGGCCACGCCCUCGCAGGGCCAGCAAGCGAGAUGGGUGAAAGACGAGAUCGAGGAGCUAUGCGAAAUGAGGCUGAGAAUACUAGAGGAAAACUUGAAGGUAUUUCAAGAAUUACCCAAACAAGGUGACAUUGUCUUGCCACACAUCGGCUUUGUACGAGAACAGUGCGGUCAACUCGAAAGGCGCAUCCAUGAAGUUCAGGAACAGUGCAAGAAGAUUUUCGAGGAUACAAAACGAAAGACUGUCCAGCGCAAGGGUCAUUACAGACGCAAAAGUGAAGCAUCGUCUUCGAGGCAACACCUGGGCAAGAGAGACGGCAGUGGCCUUAUUGAACGGGCGACAAAAAGGCACGACUGGCGUGAAGGUAACCAAAAGGCAUUGGAGCGCGUUGUAUAUCUAAUCGACAGUCUAAAAAGGUUGAUUGAGGGUCGUGAUAAAAGAGGCUUGGCUGUGCACGAGAUGGUGAAAAGGUGCAUCAGCCAGAUCACCACUCGCUACAAGGAUCAAUUGACGGCGCUGCAACAAGAGAAGGAGAAAUAUGAAAAGAGCCUGGGCAGCCGCGAUCUCUUGGGGGGCAUUGUCGAACUUUUCGAAAGAGAGGUCAAAGACAUCGGAAAAGCCAUGGAGGACGUCCAGACGCAGCUCAGAGCACAUUGCCAGAAGUUCAACAUCUCUGGGUGCGGCGAAGGUACGAGCAUUCAAGCCAACGAUCAAGCAUUACAGAGAAGGGACGCUACCAGCAGUCUUAGAAAGCUACAAGGCAUUGGCGCCAAAAAUCUUCCGACGCCACCAGAGCAGCCCAUCACACGCUUCGAACCAAGCGACGAAAGGCUCAAUGUACGAGAAAAGAAGCCAUCGAAGAAAGUCAAUCGUCGAGGAGGCGGCGAAGGGAACGGUAUUGGGGGUCAGAUGCGACCAUCUUGCGCGAGGUGUGCCGACGUUUUUGCGGUGAAGCAGCACUCUUCCAACACCUCUUCACAUGUCGCUCGUCAUCUUGCCGAAAGUCAUCCACAAAAGCCGACAGAGAUAGCACAGCAAAAGCUUCUGAACGACGGCGUUCACGAAAAAUCCGGGGAAGAUGAGGCGUCGAAAAACGCCGCAGCUCCGUAUGGCGGUGCAAACGUUGCUAAGACUCGUUCCUCGCGGGCAAACACAGCAAUCAUCUCUAAAAGGAGCACCGAGGAGAGCGCGACAGAUGAUCUGCGGAAGCUUGAGAGCACAUACUUGAGCAAAAAAAGACAGUAUCAGGACGAAUUAGUCUCGGCCUCCAAUCCCACUCAUGGUCCAGCGGUCAAGAAGGCGAAGGCAGAUUUCGAACAGAUUGCGAGCAGGCUGAAGUCCCUUCUUGAUACUUACGUCGACGUGGACUCUGGCGACCCAUCUACCAAACUUACUCUAAAACACGCUACAACAGUAUUAUACGAGCGAACGAAGGAACGAGAACAAGAAAAGCAGAAGGAGGAGGCGAAUUGGGAGCGUAUCCAAGUGAUAGAAGAAGAAAAGAAAGAGCUUCAAGAGAAAUAUGACUCCGUUGAGGCUAAUUGGGCUAAUAACCCGGACUCUGACUAG